AUGGCCAACAUCGCAGAGCAAGUCGCGGACCUGACUUAUCUGGUUGACUCGCCCAUCGCCACGCCGUAUCCUUCUGGGUCCAACGGGUCCCUCGCACAGCUCGAGAUGAACGGCGGGCGUCAGAGCAGCAGUGCGGAGAGUCCCGCGGAUGGGGGCGGAAAGAAGAGGAAGGUGGAUGAGGUGGAUGGGGGGAGUGGGAAUACAGAGGGGACGAAUGGAAAUGGGAAUGCGACGACGAAUGGGGCGCAUACGAGGGCGAAGCGGAAUCGGUAUAUUUCUAUUGCUUGCAACGAAUGCAAGCGAAGGAAAAUAAAAUGCAAUGGCAAUACCCCGUGCCAGCGAUGCGGAAACCUCAAUCUCGAAUGCCAAUAUGCGCCGAACUGCUGUACCAAUGGUUUCAAAGAAUCCGAGGAGUUUCGACAGAUGAACAAUCAGCUGGCAACUCUCCAAGAACAGGUCGAUAAUCUAUAUGCGAAUUUAAGUGCUCUGCGGAGUAAUGGCGGAGAUGGCAUAUCAUUUGCUGCUCAAACAGAGAGGUCAAUGUCGAUUAGCCAACCUCCUUCUGGACCACAGCCUACAUCGCCGGUGUCUAGGUAUAGACCAUCUUCGAGACAUACUUCGUAUCGCGGCCCUACUAGUUCAGCAUUUGGUCUUGAUGUGGCCAAAAAUACAUUGCAUAAUAUGGGAUAUCAAGGUCUAGGUGUGGAUGAGGGAACUACGACUCAAGAUCCAACUCCAAUGGCGUCGCCUCGGUUGCGGCCAGCUCUACCACUUGUAACACCAAAUGGAGCUCCUUUACGCGAUCCUAUUUGGGCACUAUCAAAAGAAGAGAUGAUCCGUCUCUGUCGUGUCUACGAGGAAGAAAUGGGUAUUAUGUACCCUGUGGUUGAUAUUGAAAAAGUUAUCAUACAUGGGACGAAUUUGUAUACUUUUACAGAAGCGGCAAGGCGUAACGGUUUUUCCAAUGAUAAUACCGCUAAGGGGUUGACGGAUGAGGGUACUUCGGCGCUGAAAAUGGUGCUUGCGUGUUCUACGCUGACGGAAGGGAAUGGGCGGAGUGAGGUUGCUUAUAGACUUUUUGAGAGCGUAAGGGAAGCUGCUGAUAGGAUAUUACAUGGGGAAACGUUUGGAAUUAAGGAUUUGGCGUUUUUGGUGCUUGUGGCUAUUUAUCACUUUCACUGUGAUGAAGAAGCGCUGGCCUGGCGAAUUAUUGGGCAGGUAGCUCGCAUGUGUAUAGAAUUAGGUUUACAUCGACGAGACUCACUUUCCAAGGUAGUAUCUGACGAUGAGGAACGAGCACAAGCUAUCAACCUCUUCUGGUCAGUUUAUGUGCUUGAUCGAAGGUGGAGUUUUGGUACUGGAAUGCCUUUUGCAUUGCAAGAUGCAGAUAUUGAUCCUAACCUACCAGAGCCAGAACUUAGCAUCCCUUACCUCAACGUAAUGAUAGCCUAUUCCCGCAUCGGCUCCAAAGUCUGGCGCUCCGUCUCCUCCUUCUCGCCCUCCCCCACCCUCAACAUUGAAGAAAUAGGCUACCUAGACUACCAAGUUCAACACUGGCAAAAGUCCAUUCCUUCCUCCCUCCAACUCUCUUCCGCUCCCUCUUCCCAGACCUCCACGCGCGCCAUCCGUCGCCUCCAAAUCCUCCUCUAUGUCCGCGCGAACCAGAUGCGCAUCCUCAUCUACCGACCUGUCCUCCACUCCGCGUCGUCGAUCCAGGAAAACAUCCAAUAUGCCUCCACUGCCGUCGAGCUUGCUAAGGAUACCAUUCGCGCUCUCACUCAUCUCAAUCAAACCUCGGAUAUCUACCGUACGCAACAAGUCUGCUUUAAUUACUUCCUCACUUCGGCCAUUGCAGUCAUCUUCCUCGCUUCUUGCCACGCGCCCGUGCAUUUCUCGAGUAUAUGUCGCGAGGAGUUUUAUAUGGCGCUAGAUCUAGUCAAGGGCUUUAGCACUAAAUCUUGGGUGACCCGCCGUCUGUGGAAGACGAUCAAAGGGUUGAAAGAGGUAGGACCGAAACUUGGACUUGUUACAGUGGAGGGCGAGGAUCCGCACUCGAGUGCUGCGCUGGCGAUGGCCGGGUUGGCGGGACAUGAGAUUCAUGGGCUAGGGCAUGGAGCGGGGUUUGCGGACGGAUUGAUGGAGAGUCCGAAUGGGUUUCAGAUGAGUCAUGAUAUGACUAGUUUGUUUGAGGCGGCGUUGGGGAGUGUAGGGGGAGAGGGACGGGGCGGUGGAGGAGGGUAUGGGAUUGCGGAUGAUGGAGGCGUGGGUAUGAAUAGUGUCGGGGCGAACGGGAAUGGGCAUGGGAGUCAUGUUUUUGGGGGUGAGGAUGAGCUGUAUAGACAGUUGAGGGAUUUGUUUUAG